CAAGUGUAAGAGACAGAGAGACAAAGAGAGACAGAGACAGAGACAGAGACAGAGAGAGAAAGCCCACCGAUGGAACGACAGGAUAUAUAACCGUUUGUCCAGGUCUUGUGCAGGCACCGUAUUCCAUGCCUGUCCUCUGCUGGGGUUUUGUCAUUGAUGGGAAACCACCUGGACCGGAUAACCCACCUCAGCUACAGCGAGCUGCCAACCGGCGAUCCGUCCGGACUGGAGAAAGAGGAGCUAAGGGUCGGGGUAGCUUACUUCUUCUCCGACGAAGAGGAAGAGGUGGAUAUUAUUUUUGUGGAUGAUGCAGGAGGUGGCGGAGGAGGUCACACCAAGGACUCCAGCCAGGAGGUCAGCGAGCUGGAGUACUCCGCCUUCUGCUCCCAGGAAUGCAUCUUCUCCAAGCUCCGCGAAAACCAGGACUUGAACGUUUACUCUGCCAAAACUUUGCUCUCCAUGUGCAAGCCAGGGGACCUUGUGGAGCUAGUAUCCACGUCCCAGGCACCUCACUGGGCCGUGUACGAGCUCAACGACCAGGUGAUACACCUGCAUGAGGGGGAGAUACGGAAGGACAGCCUGACUGAGAUAGGACGGGGCCGGCAUGGACGGAUAGUGAACAGCCGUUACCGGUUCCGACCACUGCCCUCCGACCUAGUGCUGCAGAAUGCCGCCGGCCACCUGGGCCUCCACAGCGGGGACAUCUGCUGGACCAGCUCUGAGAACUUCGCUGCCUGGUGCCGUUUCGGGAAGCGGGAGUUCAAGGCGGGAGGCGAGGCACACUCGGCAGAGCAGCGGUACUUUCUCAAAGUGCACCUCGGCGCCGGGACUCGGAGUGGACACGCGCACACGCUGGUGUUCCGUAGCCUCGAGGAUAUGAUCCGGGAGAGGAGGAGGGUUGACGCCAGUGGGAUUCUGAAGGAGCUGUCUUUAGGGGUCAACGGCGGGAAGGAGUGACGAUUGAUAUGAUGGCCUGUACUCUCUUCUUUCCUCGCAGAGAGAGAGAGCUGUUUGCAGGCUGGCUGCGUCUGUAACACUGGUGACACUGUAGGAGAGAGAUUGGGAUCAUAUUGCAGCGAAGAAGAAAAUAGCCUACAAGGAGGACACAGACAAACGUUCAUGUAAACAUUGUUUGAGCGUGGUUUCUCUCUGCUCUGACAUGUCACCCUGUACCUUUAAAAGCCACAGCACACGACUCCACUCGCUUGGUUUUU